AUGGCAAAAACCAACCGUGGUAAGCUUAAGAGUACAAAUGACAGUGAGCUUCCUUGGAUGGCGAAAGGUAGCAAAAGUUUAACAAGGCGUGAUGAAAAAGCAAUUGUACGAGUUGCAGACUCAGAUGUUGAGAACAAAGACAAGAGUUCAUCAGGCACAAUAGCAAAUGAGUCAGAGCCUGGAAAGCUUCUAGGCCAGCAUGUGGCAGAAACUGCGCUUGUUCCAAUGAAAAAGCAGCGAAUGAUGGUUGCCUCCCCGUCACCAAGAAAGUCAUGUGGUCGACGUGGAAUCUCAAAACAUAGGCCGGAGAUCAACCAUGUUUGGAAGUUAAACCCAAAGAAUGAUAGCAGUGGUCCUGAUUUUUCUGGUAUUGCGUUACUUGCGGAUGCUGCGUGUAAUUUGAGCAAUGAUCUUGCACCAGCUGUUGAUAUUCUGCCUGAAAGUGAAAAAUCUUCGUUUGAUUUGGCUGAUGAGAAGGGCACAGCGAGCGUAGGAGGGAUGAUAGUAGCUACUAAGGGACCAACUGAAAGUGAAAAUUUAGCACCUGAUAGUGGGGUUCUCAUAAAUUCAGAUAAAUCAUCGGUCAGUGAACCCACUGAGAAAAAGAAUUUAAGGUUACACUGGGAUUUAAAUGUUUCUAUGGAUGCUUGGGGUCCACCUUGUGAUGUAGAAGAUGAUGCCUCUGAAAAAGAUGUGAAGGGAGCAAUCACAAAUCCAAUGCCCCCUAGAGAGAGCGAACCUAUUGAUGGUAGUAAGUACCAUCUAGAUGGGUUUGCUGCAUCAGCUGGGCAAGUUAAGUUUUCAUCACCAUGUGGUCCUAAGGAUGAAGCAGCUGCUAGAAAUGGAAAUAAGUUCAAACCUGGUUAUAGUUCCCCGCUUGAGGAUGGAGAACUAAGGGAGCCAUACCGUAGGGGAAAAAAUAAGGUUAAAGAUGAAGGGUUCUAUUCUAUGGCUAAAAAUAAUGACAACAAGAUGAAGGAUUAUGGAAAGGGAAUCUUGGCAGAGACUAACUUGGGACCAUUAGAGCGUAAAUCUCAUGAUGCAUUGAGAAUUGGAGAGGCUCAUGACAGAAGGGACGUAGAGAAGAAUGAUGUGGCUCGCAUGAGUGAUUUGCAUCUUAAGAAGCGGUCUUCUUCUUCAAGGAGGUUUGUGCCGAAACCAUUUAAGGAGUUGCCUUCGCAUGAUGGCUUCCCGAGGACUAGAUCUGAUGAUAAUGAAGACUUGAGCAUGAGUCCAUAUAACUGUUUUGGGAGACAUGACAGGAGUUCUGGUAGAGGAUACUUUCGUGGUUCGGGUUCCAGACUUCCAUAUGUUCUCGAGCCUCCACACCCUGAAAAUCUAGGUAUGAUGGGCAGAUUUGAUCAAUCAGGAUCAGGGUCCGGACAAGGAUCACAACCUGAUGGUUAUGUACGUAAGCGUUUCUCAAAUGGGGGAUACCGCGGUGGUCGGUUUUCAAAUGGUGGGGAUCAUGUAAUGAGGGGCAGGCACGGUGAUAAUAACCAGUUUUCUGGUCGGAUGCACAACUGGAGGAGUGGUAACAGGAGGGAAAGACGUAACUCUCCGGUCUUUAGGAGAUCUAGAAGUCGUUCUCCAGUCCAGUGGAACGGUGGAGAUAGAUUAUCUCAUCCUCUUGAUGGGUUUAGAGCCGAGGAGAGGAUGAUGGAGAGCAUGAGGUUUCCUUUCCAGGAACGGUUUCUUGAAGAUCAAGAAAUAGGUUUCAUGUCACCUCCAAGAAACAGAAUGCCGCCGCCGGGAUUCGAUGAAAGGAGGAGCCAUGGAACGAAUCGUAAUAGCUUCAGGGGAAGGAGGUUUGGGCUUGGCCAAAGACAUGAUGCUGGAAGAUCUUUGCGAAGACUGAAUUCUGAUAACAGUAACAACUUUAUACCUUUCAGACGCCAAAGAAGAUUUGAUGGUGUUGAAGAUAGCACUGGCGGAAACAAGUUUGAGGUGAGGCAGCAGCAAACUAGGCGGGCUGACAUAGAUGGGGUUGAUGAUGUCGCUGGUUCAGGUUUCGCAAAAGAGAGUCGUGGGUGUAACCAAAAACAACAACGGAGACGAAAACAAAGAGGGUAA